CAAUUUCGAAUCCUUCGUCCUCGCCACUCCCUUCCCUCAUUUUGGGGAAUUUUUUUUCCUUCCUUCCUUCGUUCUUUCUUUCUUUCUAGGGUUUCGAUCUCUCUUCUCUCCCUUGCCUUUUAAUUACCAGUUCCGCAAAAUUUGCGAGCUCCAUAGCUGAUUGGCGACCCUAGCGCCGUUUGAUCGUCCGAUCGUUCGAGAGGAUUGGCUCUGAGGUGGCUUCUAGGGUUUGGGCGGAUGUCAGUUUGAGUUUAAUCCGAGCGUGCAGGUUGUUAUUGAGUGAAGAGCAGCAUGAAUGUGAAAAAAGGUCGUUCAAAUUCUUUUGAUUCUCCGAAAGCAGAAGUGGGGGAGAUAGACACCAAUGCACCUUUUGCAUCUGUCAAGGCUGCAGUUAGCUUAUUUGGGGAUGUAGCCUUUGCAGGGAGAAAGGCUAAGCCAUCCACUCCAUCAAAGACUUCCACCACUCCCGAGCAAAAAGCAUUCGCGACAGAGACACAACUGCACUUAGCCCAGAAGGAGCUAAAUAAGUACAGGGAACAACUCCAAAAUGCUGAAACAACUCGGUCCCAAGCGCUUGCUGAGCUUGACAAGGCCAAGAAAACAGUUCACAAUCUGACUGCCAAGCUGACAGUUAUCAAUGAAUCCAAGGAGCUUGCUCUGAAGGCUGCCGAAGCUGCAAAGACUCAGACUGACCAACUCAAAGAAGUAAUUCCUGGCGAGGACCAAACUGGAAAGCUUGAACUUGAGCGCUCCACAGAGCAAUAUGCUGCUGCCAUCCUUGAACUUGAUGCUGCAAAGCAAGAUCUCAGGAGAAUCCGAAAGGAGUUUGAGGCCUUGGUUGAAGCCAAGAUCUCUGCCUGCAACCAAGAAUCCGAGGCCAACCAGCAGUCUGAGGAAAAUUCUCUCAAGGCUCACCAGCUCUCCAUGGAGAUAUCAGCAGUACAGGAAUCCCUAGUCCAUGUGAAGAUCGCCACUGAGCAAGCCCAGCAAGAAGAAUCCAAGAUUAAGUCUGAGAAAGAUUCCACCCGGCAAUCCUACCAGCUUGCCCUAGAAGAAACUGAGAAGAAAUUUGCUGCUCUGCAGAAAGACUUAAACCCUGAACUCCAUAAAGAACUCGAAUCAAAGCUAACUGAGACUGACACCGAGAUUCAUGCAGUUCGCAAGCAGUUGGAAGAUGCUCGGGCUUCUGAUAUUGAAUCUCUUAAUACUGUGAACACUGAGCUGGAUGGAGCUAAAGAAGUGCUGCUGAAAGUAGCCGAGGAAGAAAGUUCUCUCCGAAGUUUGCUUGAGUCUCUGAAGUUAGAGCUUGAAACAGUGACGAAACAGCAUAACGAGCUGAGAGAAAAGGAUGCUGAGACUGAAACUCUUGUAGCAGAUCUCCACGUAAAACUCCAGGAAUGCAAGGCUGAACUUGAUGCUGCAGUGGCAGCAGAAACGAAAGCAACUUUGUCAUCAGGUGACCUGAUGACAGCUCUUCAGCAGCUGCAGUCAGAAUCUGAAACAGCUCUCCAAGAGACGGAACAAAUGAAGAAAGAAGCCGAGGCAGUAAGAAAUGAAGCUGAAACAGCGAAAAUUACCUUAUCCGAGGCAGAGAAGAAGCUUGAAGUAGCAUUAAAGGAAGCAGAGGCAGCAAAAGCAGCAGAAGCCCGAGCGCUCGAUGAAAUCAAGAAUCUAUCAGCAAGGGCUAGUGCUGCACGCUCAUCAACAUCUGCAGAGUCCGGGGCUGCUGAGAUAAUGAUCUCAAAGGAGGAGUACGCAUCACUAAGCCAGAAAGUUGAGGAAUCUGAGAAGCUUACAGAGAUGAAGGUGGCUGCCGCUGUAGCCCAAGUCGAGGCAAUAAAGGCGAGCGAGGCUGAAGCAGCAAAGAGGUUGGAAGCCACGAGGAAGGAGAUAGAAGAAAUGGAAGCAGCGAGGGAAGAGGCUCUAAAGAGGGCGGAGAUGUCUGAGGCAGCAAAGAAAGCAGUGGAGGGGGAGCUGAGGAGGUGGAGGGAGAAGGAGCAGAAGAAAGCGAGCGAGAUGGCGGCGAGAUUAAUGGCAGAGACAGAGGGAGGGGAGACAUCGAUUGAUGCAACAUCACCGCCUAGGGUUUCUAGGGCUCCGGCUGGGGCUGCUGCUGCUGCUGAAGGGAGCGGAGACGGUAGCAGGAAGCAUCAUCAUGGUAAGUUGUCGACUGGGGUGUCGAAGAAGUUUGCCUUGCUGCCAAACCUGAGUGGGAUGUUUCAUAGGAAGAAGAGCUUUGUGGAUGGGGCAUCACCUUCUCAUCUUCCUGGUGAUAAAGAGAGAAAUAAGUGAUUCUCUUUUUUUGUAACUCUAUGUCUUGUUGAUUUGUGAUGUGCCUAUAUUUGCUAUGCUUGUUUGUUUGUUUGUAUAGUGGAGAGAGGAGCAAGUUAUUUGUAUUUUUACUGUUUUUCAAAUGAGGACCUCGUUUGGCUUGGGCUUUGAGAUGAGGUUAUCCGUCAAAAUC